UCCAAAUUCGGAUCCUAAUUCGACUAUCUUCGGCCCAAUAAGCCACCACUUUCCCUCCCCUAAAACGCUAAAAUUCAAUUUGGUCUCUCCCAAGUCGAGUGCAACCCUCACUGCUUCUCCGACGAGUUUUCCCGGCGUUAGCUUCUCCGACCAGUUCCUCGCCGUCUCUUUCUCCCGUAAACUUUACUGGCGAAACUCCCUCAUUCUACGCAGGAACGAGAUGGCCAAGAAAAACAAGAGAAAGAGAAAUAAUGCGGCUGCAUCUAGUUCUGGAAGAGUACCUCAAGACAAUAAAACCCCGAAGGAACUAAAGGCUAAAAGUAUGCUUGCAAAAAAAUUCAACUUAAACUCUGCACAAAUGAAAGAAGCUGAGGCCACUCCACAGUCUCAAUCCAGAAACAUGGAGAAGAACAUACAAGAUGUCAACCAAGGAGAUAAUGUUGAGGCCACUCCACGAUCUCAAUCCAGAAACAAGGGGAAGAACAUAAAAAAUGGCAACCCAGGAAAGAAUGUUGAGGCCACUCCACGAUCUCAAUCUAGAAACAAGGAGAAGAAAAUAAAUGAUGGAAACCAAGGAAAGAAUGUUGAGGCCACUCCACGAUCUCAGUCCAGAAACAAGGAGAAGAACAUAAAAGAUGCCAAUCAAGGAAAUAAUUUUGAUAAAAAAGAUGCUAGCAAGUCCCUAAACAUAAAAAGUGGAAACAAAGGAAAGGGAAGUGCAAGUGAAAUGAGGGUAGAUGUGGAGGACGGAAAAGCUGAAAAGGGUAUUGGUGGAGUGAUUUUCAUGUGCAAUGCAAAGACCAAAGAUGAUUGUUUCAAAUAUCAUGUGAUGGGUGUCUCAGCUAUGAAGAAAGACAUUAUUUUGGGAAUCAAGCCUGGUGUCAAGCUUUAUCUCUUUGAUGUUGAUCUUAAGCUCAUGUAUGGUAUUUAUGAGGCUUCAUCUGCUGGUGGAAUGAAACUUGAACCAGCGGCAUUUGGUGGGGACUUCCCAGCGCAGGUUCGCUUCAGGAUUUUCAAGGACUGCCUUCCAUUGACGGAGAAUUUGUUCAAGAGAGCAAUUCAAGAGAAUUAUGAUGAAAGAACUCACAAGUUCAAGACUGAGUUGACAUUUAAGCAGGUAGGGCAGUUGAAAAAGCUGUUUACGCCAGCACCAUGGCUACAUCCAACUUUCAAACAUUCUGUGUCAUAUCCAAUUAGUCUGCCCCCAUCAGCAUCACCUUUACCUAGCAAGGAACUUUCCAGGGAGCAUGUUGGAUUGCAAUACGGAAGGAACAAAUCAGGUGAGAAUUUUUCAUCAUAUGGUCAUGAAAGGGAAAGGCAGCAGCAUGCAGGCCGCCUUAUCAUGCCUAGAGAGGUUGACAGUGAACCUCGUUUCCUCACUGAGAAAGAAUAUAGAAGCUAUGGUCUUCAAUCAGCAAAGCAUCUGCAGGCCUUUGCUUCUGCAGUAGUUGACCGCACAUUGGAUUAUCAUGAAUCUGAACAAGGAAGGGAACAUCUCCGAACAAAUCCCACUGGGAUUACUAGUGAUGCGACUUUAGCACGAAAAGAAACUGUACUUACUGAACCUUUGUUUCCAAGCGAAAGGGAGUAUCGAACUUAUGGCCUCAAGUUUCGCAGUGAAAUACCUGCUACUGUUGCUCCUGCUGUGGAAAGUGGUGCUACAGGACUUUCAGCCACACAUACCAAUCAUGGUUUACGAAAUCAUGUUAAGGAUAAAUAUGGUCCUUAUCAUGACGAGAGUACUACCUCACUUGUGAACCGAUAUCUCUCUCUGUCUCGGACAGUGGUAACACCUGUAGUGUCAUACUCUUCGACAGGCAGGGAGUGUUUUGUAAGUGACCCCUAUUCUGCAAUUGGCAUCAAAGGCCAUAAGGGAGAAUUCCACACUGAAAAUGGAGGAGCAUAUCCACCAACGGAAAGAUCCCACGCUGAAAACGAAAGAGCAUAUCCACCAACGGGAAGAUUCCACUCUGAAAAUGAAAGAGCCUACCCACCAAUAGGGAGAUUCCAAACUGAAAAUGAAAGAGCAUAUCUACCAACGGAGAGAUUUAACACUGAAAAUGAAAGAGCUUACCCACCAACGGGGAGAUUUCACACCGAAAAUGAAAGAGCAAAUCUACCAACGGGGAGAUUCAACAGUGAAAAUGAAAGAGCAUAUCCACCGAUGGAGAGAUUCAACAGUGAAAAUAGAAGAGCAUAUUCACCAACGGGGAGAUUCAGCAGUGAACCUGAAAGAGCAUAUCCACUAACGGUGAGAUUCCACACUGAAAGUGAAAGAGCAUAUCCACCAACGUGGAGAUUAAACAGUGGAAAUGAAAGAGCAUAUCCACCAUAUGCUCCUCAAUUACCACCAGACUACGGCUUGAAAUAUCACCAUGUUGGGGAUGAGCCUAGGUACCCAGCUUUAGUCUCAUCUCGCUAUUCCCUUAGGGAACCAGCUGGACCUCGUCGCUGAACUUCUGCUAUCUGCAUCCCUCAAAUAUCUUCCAUGGCUUUGGUAAAGUUAUGCUUAUGAAACUGAUGAACUUUAGGCCUAGUUCAUCGACAAGGAACUUGCAUUUCUAAGAUGUGCUGAGGGCAAAGAUAAGGUCAACUAUACAUGUCUUCUCUGAUGGGCUCUGGAUUAAAAAUAUUACAGUAUUCCCCAUUUUCUUCCUGUACAAGGGGAGAAACGUAAUUCCUGAAUCUUGACACCUCUUUCGUGUUGUUUCUUAUAUUUGUUAUUUGUGACAUAAAGGAGAAACUUGAUGUUGUUGAUUUAUUUCAUGCAUUCUGAUGUUUAUUCAUGUGUAUUAGGGCCAUUGUUGUGUGAAGGAUGAUGUAGAACAUAGCAUGUAUACUUAAGAUUCACAAUGUGUCAUCACUAUGGAUUAUGCUCCAUAGCGGGAUUGGCCGCUGCAUGAGGUUAUAUUGAUCUGACUUGUUUUUUAGCUUAAGGGUGUGCAACAGAGCUGGAAUAUUUAUGCAUUGGAGUUCUAUUUCUUCUACUUCAGGAAGCAUCCUGACUCAUGUGAAUGCUUGUCUUUUGGUUGUCACAAUCUGAAACAAACAUCCAUGUUUUUUCACUUGAACAUAUGUAGUGGGACUGCUUUUGUUUAUCUAUUUUUUCAAUGUUUCAAUUUGAGUUACAAACUGAGUAUGUAAAAGCA